ACACGCCGGAAGCCUGCGGGCGCUCAUCGUUGCCGGGCAACGCGCGGCGCUGACUGCUGGCUAAGCUGGCCGUGGGUAUCUCCCGGCCAGGCGCCGGGAGGCACGUCACGGCGGCGAAGGAGGGUGAGCGCUUUGCGGGCCUGUGUGAGCCCAGGACCACCCGCCGUCUGCGCCUCGGACCUGGUCCUGGAGCCCGCAAGACUCCCGCCUGGGACGCGAUCCCCGAGCUCCCUGCCCUCAGCCAGCGGCCUCGCAGACCCGGUUCUGAGGCCCAUCCACCAGGACGUGCGUCUGCCCCCCGGCCUUCCUUGGCCUCACUUGAUUGGCCCUAAGACACGCCCCCGUGCUGGACUGGUCACCCUCUCGUGCCAGGAAGGGGGUCGACUCCACAGAGGCACGUGAACACUCCCAGGAAGCCCUGGGCAACUCCAGCUCAGCAGCUGCAUGUCUUCUGAGCAGCCUUCCUUCGGGUCGGCUGGCCUGGCCACACCAAGAUGCAAGGCGGGCAGGAUGUGGGGAGAGGGUCAGUGAGUGACCUCGCAGGAGAACCUGGAGAUGGGUCCCUCCGCCAGACAGCUAGAGGACAGAGUGGUGGCGGUUUGGAACGGAGGAGGAUCUGCUGCGACGGUCCCCUGAUUCUGCCUGACGCGAAAGCUGGCAGCUCCAGGCUGGAAAAGGGUCUUCCCACCUGCACACUCAGCUGUCCGCACCCGGGGGAGCUCAGCAGCGGGUGGGGCGAGUUCAAAGGCUUCCAGGAGUCUUCGGCUAAGCCUGAGCAUUUUUCUCAGUCUUUUGAACUCCUAGGGAGAGCUGCGGAACUCCAGCCGCUGAGAACCCCUUCCAUCCCAAAAGAGCAUGGUUCUUGCCAGGUGCAUGGACCCUGGGUAACAGGAACUGCUGCUGACCCAUCUUCAGAGUCCUUUCUCAGCUAUGAGAAGGUUUUCAGGUUUGCGUUUCAAGAAGUCCCGGUGGAACAGGCAACUGAAGACGUUUGCUCAUUAGAACAUUUCUUAGAAAUAAGCAGUGAAGGAAAUGCUGGCCUUGCAUCUGUGCCUACACUGUGGUCUGAAUCUAGGAAGCUCUGGAGAGCCCUUCAGAACUCUGACACUGUGAGUGCUUCACCGUGUCUCUGGAAUGGAUCUCACUGCUGGGGAAACCUCUUUCCUGCCCUUGGCGUAGAUGCUGCUCAGAAGAGUGUUUCUGGAGGCCAGGGUCAAGUUCUGCAAAGUUCUGAGCUCAGAAAGCCUGAAGAGCUGCUGGCAGUCAGCAGUUUCCGCCUACACCACUGCAAAGCCCUGAUCCAGACCAAGACCAAGGAGAGAACGCUGAGAGGCUCCAGCGUGUGCAAACGUACCCAUCAAAGUCUCUGUAGUGUCACACUUGUACCUGAUGACCACUGUCCUCUCAGCUCUCAGGGACAUCUGGCAGCAGGCAGGGCAGCCUGAUCACCUACAGCCUCUUUCUGAAGACCCCACUACAAGGAAACAGGCACUACAUUACCAUCCCACAAAAAAAGAUCUUUACUCCACGCAACCUGAAGAUGGCAUUCUUGAAUAAUGGUGUUUGCUAAAAGCAGGAGUACUUUGUACCUCUGAGAUAUUUUACAUUUUCUUACUGGUUUGUUUUGGUACUGGAAUCUGAGAAUUCUGUGCACCAUUUCCCAGAUCCGUGUUAGUUUCCUAGGACCGCUGCCAACCCAUUCCCUGUCCAAUCAGAUCUGAUGGGUGCACAGAGAGAGUGUACUUGGGCAGAGCCAGUCUCCCUGGAGUUGCUGGGGACACUGUAUGCUGGCACCCAGUGCCUGGUGAGCUCUACCUCGCUCACAGUUGGACCAUGAGUUCAGAAGUCAGGAGAAAGCUACUGAUCGCCUGCAAGAACCUGUCCUGGCUCCCCUCAUGCUCUUCCUGAGCUGUUAUAUGUAUCUCUGUGUUGAACCCUGCCCAGCAGCCUUGGGGGCAAGCUUUACUGUGAGUAGAAGCAUAGAGGAAGGAGAGCACACUGGGUGUCCCAGGACAGCUGGCUGAAGCUCCCUUGGUCAUCGGCUGAGACAACUAUUUUCUUCCAGGAGCAUACACAAGCAGGCUGUGCCGAAUUUUGUAAACUUUUAUUAAAAAGAAAGGACUGUGUAA